AUGGGGAUAAUUGCGUUCGCUGUUUAUUAUAUGGGCAUAAUUGCGUUCGCUGUUCUUGACAUAGGGAUAAUUGCGUUCGAUGUUCUUGACAUGGGGAUAAUUGCGUUCGCUGUUCUUGACAUGGGAAUAAUUGCGUUCGCUGUUCUUGACAUAGGGAUAAUUGCGUUCGCUGUUCUUGACAUAGGGAUAAUUGCGUUCGAUGUUCUUGACAUGGGGAUAAUUGUGUUCGCUGUUUUUUAUAUGGGCAUAAUUGUGUUCGCUGUUCUUGACAUGGGGAUAAUUGCGUUCGCUGUUCUUGACAUGGGGAUAAUUGUGUUCACUGUUCUUGACAUAGGGAUAAUUGCGUUCGAUGUUCUUGACAUGGGGAUAAUUGUGUUCGCUGUUUUUUAUAUGGGCAUAAUUGCGUUCACUGUUCUUGACAUGGGGAUAAUUGUGUUCACUGUUCUUGACAUAGGGAUAAUUGCGUUCGAUGUUCUUGACAUGGGGAUAAUUGUAGUACAACCUAUCUAUCUAUCUAUCUAUCUAUCUAUCUAUCUAUCUAUCACAGCCAAUACCUACAUAUCACAGUCAAUAUUUAUCUAUCUAUCUAUCUAUCUAUCUAUCUAUCUAUCUAUCACAGUCAAUAUCUACCUAUCUACCUAUCACAGUCAAUAUCUAUCUAUCUAUCUAUCUAUCUAUCUAUCUAUCUAUCUAUCUAUCUAUCUAUCUAAGUCGAUAUCUAGCUAUAUAUCUGUCACAAUCUAUAUCUAUCUAUCUAUCUAUCUAUCUAUCUAA